AUGCAAGGAAACGAGAUCAUCGCAACAAUCAUCGGAGUCGGGCUGGGCGUGGUCGGCAUCGGCUGGGCCGUUUACUGCUGGUACCGACACCGUGUGAGCACUGGGGUUUUUAUCAGCCAAGUCCAUGGCCGACUGACUCUAGAUCGUCGUGAUCAUGAUAUGGAACGGGGGGACUAUGGGUCAUAUAUACCUCGGUACGAUCGACGCGGCUGGGUGCGCGCCGUCCGAGUUGAGACUCAGCCCAGGCUGCGCGAGCCCGAAUAUGUGAUUCUACGGCAGUUCCGAUCGCCUGGAGAUCGCAUACCGGAAAGGGACACACGUCCAAAGCAACAGAACAAGCAAUACAAUCCGCAGCAAGGGAAGCAAAAUCAAAAUCAACAGAACCAACAGCAGGGGAAGCAAAAGAACCAGAACAAGCAACCAACCCAGCAGCAACAGCAAAAGCGCAAGCAGAACCAGCCGAAUAAAGAUCACAUCCAACAGCAGCAACACUCCAGGGCACAGUCGCCCGCCAAUUGGCAGUCCGAAUCCAGGACUCCUACGAAAGGUGCAUCGAAUCAUGAGUGGGACAACAUCGACAACAAGAAUACCGACAACAAUCCCGCCGAUACGUGGGCGCAGGAAGCAGGUGGGAAUACGAAUACCGAAUGGAAUAAAGAGUCUAAGGGAGAGCAGACGGAGCAGAUCUUCAACAAGUGGUAG